GGGUCAGGAAGCGGAGGCGUGCCCAAGAUGGCGGCCUCCAUGUGCGACGUGUUCUCCUUCUGCGUGGGCGUGGCGGGCAGUGCCCGGGGCUCCGUGGAAGUCCGUUUUGUGAGCAGCGCCAAGGGAAAGGGACUGUUUGCCACACAGCUGAUCCGGAAGGGAGAGACCAUCUUCAUUGAAAGGCCUUUGGUAGCUUCGCAGUUUCUCUGGAAUGCACUUUACCGGUAUCGGGCCUGUGACCACUGUCUUCGGGCACUGGAGAAGGCAGAGGAGAAUGCCCAGAGGCUGACUGGGAAACCAGGCCAGGUUCUACCACACCCAGAGCUAUGCAGUGUGCGCAAGGACCUCCACCAGAACUGCCCCCACUGCCAGGUGAUGUACUGCAGUGCAGAAUGUCGGCUGGCAGCUGCAGAGCAGUACCACCAGAUCCUGUGCCCAGGCCCAUCCCAGGAUGACCCCAGGCACCCCCUCAAUAAGCUGCAGGAGGCAUGGAGGAGUGUUCACUAUCCUCCUGAGACUGCAAGUAUAAUGCUUAUGGCCCGGAUGGUAGCCACAGUGAAACAGGCCAAGGACAAGGACCACUGGGUCAGGCUCUUCUCCCAUUUCUGCAGCAAGACAGCCAACGAGGAGGAGGAAAUUGUCCACAAACUCCUGGGGGACAAAUUCAAGGGCCAGCUGGAACUUCUGCGUAGACUCUUCACAGAGGCCCUUUAUGAGGAGACCCUCAGUCAGUGGUUCACACCAGAUGGAUUCCGGUCUCUCUUUGCCCUUGUUGGGACCAAUGGUCAAGGGAUUGGAACCAGUUCCCUCAGCCAGUGGGUACAUGCCUGUGAUGCACUGGAGCUGAAGCCUCAGGACCGGGAACAGCUAGACACCUUCAUCGACCAGUUGUACAAGGACAUCGAGGCAGCAACCGGAGAGUUCCUUAACUGUGAAGGAUCUGGCCUCUUCGUGCUUCAAAGCUGCUGUAACCACAGCUGUGUCCCCAAUGCGGAGACUUCCUUCCCAGAAAACAACUUCCUUUUACAUGUUACCGCCCUGGAGGAUAUUAAGCCAGGCGAGGAAAUCUGUAUCAGCUACUUAGACUGCUGUCAGCGGGAGCGCAGCCGCCACAGCCGCCACAAGAUCCUCAGGGAGAACUACUUGUUCAUCUGUUCCUGUCCCAAAUGCCUGGCAGAGGCUGACGACCCCAAUGUGACCUCAGAAGAGGAGGAAGAAGAAGAUGAGGAGGAAGGAGAGCCAGAAGAUGCAGAGCUUGGGGAUGAGAUGACUGACGUGUGAUGUUUACCUUGCCUGGAAGGCCCUGCCCAGACCCUGCUGGAAAAGGGGGCCUGUCCUCCACAAAUGUGGUUGGAAGGAACAUCCCCUACCCCUUGCACCCACUGCCUGCCUUCUCCCUUCUAGCAUUCUGCUGGAGGGUAGGAUAGAGGCUGGACCCAAGCCCACCCCUCACCAGACCUCAUGCCCUGAGCACUGCUGCUGAGCUGCAUCGGACCUGUGCCAUCACCAAGCCUUCCAGAACUGGCCUUCCCCUGCCAUGCUCCAGUGAAGCUGUGGGACUGGAAUCAAGUUUCAGGCCUCAUAGUGUUCUUCCUCUGGGCCCCUUAGCCCAUACUCAGCUCAUGCAUCUAUCAGAGGCUUGGCUCCUAUUGACUGGCUAUUAAUUUGAGGGUGGCAACAAACUGGCCAUCAGAGAGCAGACUGGUUUCCUUGACAGAAAGAGGUGAUGAAGCCUUACCUCUUCCUUACUGCUCACCUACCACAGCUGCAGCUGAAGUCAUGGCCCACCAUUUGCCAGCAACAGGCAGGAACAAGGGACUAGGCCUUUAGAACAACACUGCAAAAAGACUCUGCCAGGGGUGCUGGGCUAUCCCACUGGACUCUGUUCGACAAACUCCAGAAUUGCUAUGCCUGUGUCUUGCCUCUGAGGCUAAGGCAAGGGGGCUAGCUUGAUAAGGUGUGGAAGAGGCCUGUCUUUAUCAGGAUGAAGACUACCACUCUUUCUCAGACCAACAGUAUGGCAGAUGACAGGUUGUGCUCCAUAAUUUAGGAUGCCCAGUCUUCCCUGAGACCAGCUGCAGUGGUCCAGAAAAGGGAUCUGGAUCUCCAACACCCUCCUUUAGGAUCUCCACAGAGGAACACCAGAGUCCUUCAGAAACCGAAGGAGCUGGGCAGGAUGUGUGAAGAUGAGCCGGGACUUGUUCCCUCAUUGCCGCAGAUGACCGUCUCACUCUUGGGGUGGGCACUGUGGGAAUUACAGCCACCACUCCCCAUUUGUUCCCUGAGAGGCCUGCACAUGGCUCUUCUAGCUUCCAGGGAGGACCAGUGCCUAUGCUACAGGCCCUUUUCAAGGUGGAGCCAGAUGGAACAUGCCUGAGUGGCCCCCUUACCUAUUGGGCACACUCCUUCACAACAGCCAGCACCCCUCUUCCUUUGGUAUGCCCACUGGUCUCAAUAAAAUGUGAGUGGUGA